UCUCUUUCCCAUAUUGAAAUGGCUCCCCUUGAUAACUAUGACUACAACUUCCCAUAUUUUCCUCGACCACCACCACAUAAUCCUCCAUCCCCUCCAAAAGUCGUGUCACCUCAUAAUUAUCCAUCCCCUCCAAAAGGGUCCCCACCCCAUAAUCCUCCGCCACCACACAUUAUACCCUCCCCUCCAAAAGUUGUCCCACCUCAUAAUUAUCCAUCCCCUCCAAAAGGGUCCCCACCCCAUAAUCCUCCGCCACCACACAUUAUACCCUCCCCUCCAAAAGUUGUCCCACCUCAUAAUUAUCCAUCCCCUCCAAAAGGGUCCCCACCCCAUAAUCCUCCGCCACCACACAUUAUACCCUCCCCUCCAAAAGUUGUCCCACCUCAUAAUUAUCCAUCCCCUCCAAAAGGGUCCCCACCCCAUAAUCCUCCGCCACCACACAUUAAACCCUCCCCUCCAAAAGUUCCUCCACCACAUCAUCCAAUUACUCCACCAUCCCCGUUCCCAGUGCCAGUAACACCACCCAAUCAUCCAUUUCAUCCGCCACCAUCACCACCUCAUAUUAUUCCACCUGCACCCUCUCAUGUUAUUCCACCUCCACCGCCAACACCAGGACAUCAUUCAACUGUUAUAAUUGUUGUCUUUGUCUCACUUGGUGGCAUAUUCUUUCUUGCAUUCCUCUCUGUUGCUCUCUGUUGCUUCAUUAAGAAGAGAAAGAAGAAAACGGUUCAGAAAACUGAAAUCUUAGAGUUUGAUGAGCAUGCUAAAGUCCAGGAAGCCAUUAUUCCAGGCCCACAUGGUGAGAAAAUCACAGUACUAAACAUUGAAGAGGAUGUGCAUCUUGUGGAGGAGAUUAAGAAAAAUGAAAAACUGGCUAAAGGUUCGCACAUUAAAUUGGCACAUGAUCAUCUCCUGGAUUCUGAUAUAGCAACACCCUCUUCUCGGUCCAAUCAGCAGCAUCUCGAGCACAAGGUCUGAUUGAAACACAAGCGAAUGAAAUAAGCGGCAAUGUAAUCGUAUAUUCCUCACCAUCAACAAUAUCCCUACUGGGAUAAUACAUGAAAAAUUUCUU